UAUACAGGAAUAAUUUUAGGCCCAACAAAUAUCAAGAACAAUCGGACACGAACACUAGACCAGAACACGAAGCUCUGUCUCGGCUUCUUCCAUACUCACCUCUCUAACUCAAGUAGCUCAAAAAUGGCAGCAAGUUCUUUUUCCAAAUGUUUUCGUGUGGGUCAUUCUUUGUUGUCUUCCAGUAUCCAAAGAUCAUCAUCAUCACAAGAAGCCACCUGCAACAAUCUCUUAACUCAGCAAAUAAGGACAUUCAUACAGAUGAGGACGAAUCUGAAAGUUGUAGAUAACUCAGGGGCAAAACGGGUAAUGUGCAUACAAGCUUUAAAGGGGAAGAAAGGGGCAAGAUUAGGGGACACGAUAGUUGCAUCAGUGAAGGAAGCACAACCUGGUGGGAAAGUGAAGAAAGGGCAGGUUGUUUAUGGUGUGGUUGUUAGGGCAGCUAUGCAAAAAGGGAGGUGUGAUGGAAGUGAAGUGAAGUUUGAUGAUAAUGCUGUUGUGCUUGUGAAUAAACAAGGUGAGCCUAUUGGGACACGUGUCUUUGGACCUGUCCCACAUGAGUUGAGGAAGAAAAAGCAUGUUAAGAUAUUGAGUCUUGCACAACAUAUUGCUUGAAAAGGUAUUGGUUUUUUACCUUUUUAUGUGAAAGGUGAAAUGAAUAAGAUUUUUCAGGAUUUUAUGUUUUUUUUGGAACGAAAAGUUAUGGUAUUACUAUUAUGAUGUUAGUAUUUAUCUGAUUUAGUCAGUGUAUUCUGUUUUUUAGAAUGAUUCUUGUUAAAUUACUUGGAUUUUAAUUGUGACAGUUAAAUUGAUGUUAUGGAUAAGGGGUUGUUUCUUU